AUGUCCACCCACAGCGUCCCAGGCAUAACGUCACCAACUCAGAAAGCACCAACAACGAACACCAAGCCGAACCGGCUUCCAGCACCGACUCUGUUCGUCGGCCCACCGUCUAGGAAUGCUUCUCAACUCUCUGUCGCUCGACCUGGCAUAUCCCGCGAAAAGUCCACUAGAGCGCGAAACCACAAUACAGACGCAGAUGGAGAAGGCAGCGACAGCAGAGACCUCCCUACCCUCCGCAAACCAAGCGAGAGGAGCAUCGAUGCAAAAUGGCGGGAGAUGCAGAGUACGCUGAACGAGGUGGAACUCACAGCACAAAGCUCUACCCACGUCUUCGGUGAGAGCCACGCCAAAGCGCUCGAUGAGCUGCGGAAUGCCCAGAUAGCGCUGGCGAAAGCUUGGGGCAGAGGGAACGAUACACAAGCCAGUACGGCAGGGAAUGACAGUCUGGAGCCGGACAUCCAUCGUUUCAAGGGCGCGGAAGAUCUAGCGUCGGAGAGGAAGGCUGCAGCUCCUACUUCCCGAAGACGAGCGGAUACGGGGGCUUCUGCUUCAACGGUUCUUAGCGACGAGAGUCAGCUUACAGAGGACAGCGCGAGGAGCGGACGGAGUCAUUUGGAGGACGAAACGGCGCAGGAUAUCAAGCUCGCGAGUGAGAGGAGGGCAGCGAACGAGGCGUACUUCAAGAAGGUGGAUCAGGGGGUGAAGGAGGUGGUGGAGAAGCUGGAGAAGGUCGCGGAGGCGAUGAGGGGGGUGGAGGGGGAGAGCAGGAGUUUGUGGAGUCAGAGUGAGCGGAGCUCGAGUGGGAGUGAGGAGGGCAAGAGGGUGUCUACUGCGCCAUUGCCUGAACGAUCGAUAUCCCCUAAAGCGAGGACGACUGCUGGCGACAUUGGGUUCUAUGAGCAACUAGGCACAACUGCACCGGCCACGCUUACCACCGGCCUUACUAGCCGAUCAGGACAUGGCUACACCUUGCCCUCGCCUGUCGGCCGCAUCAUCGGACACACACGCUGCGCGGUCACAGCCUACAGCGGCGUUCGAUUAAGGACUUGA